AUGCUGAUGCCGCCGACGGCAAGGAACUUUAAUUUACUACUCUGGCUAGAGGACAAAUCGAAAUUCAAGAAAAUGACAGCAUCUCCAGAAACGACAAUCCCUCCAUUCCAUCACUUGGCUUUCAAUGGUGCUUGCCGGGCUUGCGCAGACUUAGCUCGGGUAACUUUUCGACAACACGAUGAACGCGUCGCAUGGGAUUUGAUCGACUUUGUUCUAACAAUGAUUCAAUGCAUCGGUGUAAGUGUAGCACACGAUCCUGAACAUCAGAAUAACAUCCGGAAAUACAGGUUAAUAACGCAAGGAACUGGUUGUAAUAACAGGAAACAGCUUAAGAAAAUCUCAUCACCUUGA